GGAUUGCAAGAAAAAUAAGACAGCAAAAACAAUCAAGAUACAAAACAAAUGAAGCGACACAUAGUAUUAACCUUUUUAUCCUAUGCAAAAAGUAUAACCAAACACAACUCUAUCUUCAAUUCCAGCUUCAUAAAUUCUAAACCCGUUUGGCCAUGAGAAUUUUUCAUUUUUUUCCGGAAAUCUUUUCUUCACAUUUUUCACUUUCAACACAUUCAAACAACCAAAUAGUAUUAUUUAUAAAAACUAUAACCAAAAGCAACUCCAUCUUCAACUCCUACUUCAAAAUUCCAUAUAAAGUGAAAAAUAUCUGAUUUUUGUGGGGAAACGCCUACUAACAAACUUGAAAAAUAUUUGAAAUCUGCCAAACGCCUACUAAAUGAAUUAACCCUAUAAAUAGACAUUACCCUCAUCCCCUGCCUCCUCUAGCAUCAACAAAAAGGGCGCGUCUGUUACUUUGGCGGCAAAGCAAAGUUCUCCUUGUUGAAUAGCAAGCCACAUUGGUUACUAUUUGCAACGAUGGUACGUACAAAGGUUGAAAUCAAGAGAAUAGAGGAUAAAGCUAAAAGGCAUACCACUUUUACAAAACGUAGACAAGGUCUUUUUAAGAAAGCCAAGGAGUUGACCAAAAGAUGUGAUGCUCAAGCAGCUGUGAUCACGUUUUCUUUGGCUGGCAACAUCUUUGCAUUCGGCCAUCCUUCAGUUGACGACGUUGUGAACCGUUAUAUUGCUGCCACGUCUGCAGCGGAUGUUGAUGAAGAGACGGUGAAGAAAGGAAAAGAUGCAGCCAUUGAGACAAAGGAUGAUGAAGAGACGCGGUCGUUUGAGGUGCAACUUAAAGAUAUGAGUAUGGAGGAGGUAGAGGAGUUGAAUGUUGCAUUGAUGGAGAUGAAGAAGAAAGUGGUUGAUAGAAUAAAUGGGAUUAUUUCGAGUUCAAAGGAUGAAGAUCUUGGAUUGCCAUAAUACAGGUUUAGCCUUGAACUGAAUAUACUUAGGUACAUUAGUGAAUUCUUUUAACUUUCAUACGUCACUGAUAUAGAAGAAGUCACUUGGAUAGCAAGUAGUUCUUUUAUUCUUUUUUGCUCUUUAGAGGGGUCGAGAUAUUAGUGUUUGAUUAGCUCCCCAUUGAUGCAGUUUUUAGUGGUGAAAGAUACGAUUACAAAGUGAAGUUUCUGAGCAAUUGUAGUUACUUUUACCUCAAAAAAAAGGAAAAAGUUUCUGAGCAAUUGUAGUUACCUUUACCUCAAAAAAAAGAAAGAAGAAGUUUCUGAGCAA